CGCAGGUAUGGCCUCACAGCUGCAGGUGUUCUCCCCUCCGUCAGUAUCCUCGAGUGCCUUCUGCAGUGCCAAGAAACUGAAAGUGGAGCCCUCUGUCUGGGAUGUGUCAGGACAGAGCAGUAGUGACAAGUAUUAUACCCACAGCAAAAACCUCCCAGCAGCUCAAGGGCAAGCAAGCUCCUCUCAUCAGGUAGCCAAUUUCAGCAUCCCUGCCUACGACCAGAACCUCCUCCUCCCUGCUCCUUCAGUUGAGCACAUCGUGGUUACAGCAGCCGACAGCACAGGCAGCAGCGCGACAGCGUCCUUCCAGAACAGCCAGUCCCUAACGCAUAGGAACAACGUUUCUUUACUCGAACCGUACCAAAAAUGUGGAUUAAAAAGGAAAAGUGAAGAGGUCGACAGCAACGGUAGCGUGCAGAUAAUUGAGGAACAUCCACCUCUCAUGCUGCAAAACAGACCUGCGGUGGGUGCUGCGGCCACAACCACCACAGUAACCACUAAAAGCAGCAGUUCCAGCGGUGAAGGGGAUUAUCAGCUGGUCCAGCAUGAGAUCCUGUGUUCUAUGACAAACAGCUAUGAGGUCUUGGAGUUCUUAGGCCGAGGGACGUUUGGGCAGGUGGCGAAAUGCUGGAAACGUAGCACGAAGGAGAUUGUAGCCAUCAAAAUCCUGAAGAACCAUCCUUCCUAUGCUAGGCAGGGCCAGAUAGAGGUGAGCAUCCUCUCUCGCUUGAGCAGUGAGAAUGCUGACGAGUAUAACUUUGUUCGCUCCUACGAGUGCUUCCAGCACAAGAAUCACACAUGCCUUGUGUUUGAGAUGUUGGAACAGAACUUGUAUGAUUUCUUAAAGCAAAAUAAGUUCAGUCCGUUGCCCCUGAAAUACAUCCGGCCAAUUCUGCAGCAAGUGGCUACUGCCUUGAUGAAGCUAAAGAGCUUGGGUCUGAUACACGCCGAUUUGAAACCAGAAAACAUCAUGUUGGUGGACCCUGCGCGCCAGCCCUACAGGGUGAAGGUGAUAGACUUCGGCUCAGCCAGCCACGUGUCCAAAGCCGUGUGCUCCACUUACUUGCAGUCGCGCUAUUACAGGGCUCCCGAAAUCAUCCUGGGCCUGCCCUUCUGCGAAGCCAUUGACAUGUGGUCGCUGGGCUGUGUGAUCGCGGAGCUGUUCCUGGGCUGGCCGCUCUAUCCAGGAGCGUCUGAGUACGAUCAGAUUCGUUAUAUUUCACAAACUCAAGGCCUUCCAGCAGAGUACCUUCUCAGUGCGGGAACGAAAACAAGCAGGUUUUUUAACAGAGAUCCAAAUUUGGGAUACCCCCUGUGGAGGCUAAAGACCCCAGAAGAACAUGAGUUGGAGACGGGAAUAAAAUCAAAAGAAGCUCGGAAAUAUAUAUUCAACUGUUUGGAUGAUAUGGCGCAGGUGAAUAUGUCUACAGACUUAGAAGGGACUGACAUGUUGGCAGAGAAGGCUGACCGAAGGGAAUAUAUUGAUUUGCUGAAGAAAAUGUUGACUAUUGAUGCAGAUAAGAGAAUUACUCCACUGAAGACUUUGAACCAUCCAUUUGUGACAAUGACACAUCUCCUGGAUUUCCCACACAGUAAUCAUGUGAAAUCUUGCUUUCAGAACAUGGAGAUCUGCAAGCGCAGAGUUAGUAUGUAUGACACGGUGAACCAGAUUAAGAGCCCGUUCACGACUCACGUUGCCCCUAACACAAGCACAAACCUGACCAUGAGCUUUAACAACCAGCUCAAUACAGUGCACAACCAGGCCAGCGUAUUGGCUUCCAAUUCUACUGCCGCUGCUACUCUUUACUCCGUGCGGAACUACCAGUCUGCCCUGUAUCCAUCCUCGGCAGCUCCGGUGGCAGGAGUGGCGCAGCAGAGCGUGUCCCUGCAGCCUGGAACCACCCAGAUCUGCACGCAGACGGACCCCUUCCAGCAAACCUUCAUUGUUUGUCCCCCCGCUUUCCAGACCGGACUUCAGGCAACUACAAAGCAUUCUGGGUUCCCUGUACGGAUGGAGAAUGCUGUCCCGAUUGUACCGCAAGCACCUGCGGCUCAGCCACUGCAGAUCCAGUCCGGAGUUCUCACCCAGGGAAGCUGUACACCACUAAUGGUAGCAACUCUUCAUCCUCAAGUAGCCACCAUCACGCCGCAGUAUGCGGUGCCCUUUACUCUGAACUGCGCAGCCGGCCGGCCGGCGCUAGUAGAACAGACGGCUGCAGUACUGCAGGCCUGGCCUGGGGGAACCCAGCAGAUUCUGCUUCCUUCCACCUGGCAGCAGCUCCCAGGGGUUGCUUUGCACAACUCUGUGCAGCCAGCGGCCGUGAUUCCGGAGACGAUCGGCGGCAGCCAGCAGUUAGCUGACUGGAGGAACGCACAUUCCCAUGGAAAUCAGUAUAGCACUCUCAUGCAACAGCCCUCACUGCUGACCAACCACGUGACGUUAGCUACAGCGCAGCCCCUGAAUGUUGGAGUCGCUCACGUCGUUCGGCAGCAGCAGAGUGGUAACGUUGCGGCCAAGAAGAACAAGCAGCCAGCACCCACGGCAGCCAAGCCCAGCGCAGCUCUGGAGACUGUGCCCUCCCAGGUUUACUCUCUCAUCGGGAGCAGUCCUCUGCGCUCCACCUCCUCCUCUUCCAACGUGCUCGUCCCAGUGCAGGAGCAGCACCAGCCCAUCGUGAUCCCAGACACUCCAAGCCCUCCGGUCAGCGUCAUCACCAUUCGCAGCGACACUGAUGAGGAAGAGGACAGCAAAUACAAACCUGCCAGUUUGGGUAUGAAGCAGAGGUCCAAUGUCAUCAGCUACGUUACUGUUAACGACUCCCCGGAUUCCGACUCCUCCCUGAAUAGCCCCUAUGCCGCAGACCCACUGUCCUCUCUCAGGAGCACAGGCGGUGCCCUGGAGCUGCCGAGCAGAGGAGCGGCAGACAGCUCCAGCUCUCGGACUAUCAUCGUGCCGCCGCUGAAAACGCAGCUCAACGACUGCAUCGUGGCCACCCAGGCGUCGGGCAUCCUGAGCAGCACCAGUAAGACCAAGCCAGUGGCCUCCGUCAGCGGGCAGUCGUCGGGAUGCUGCAUAACUCCCACCGGGUACCGCUCGCAUCGCGUGGUAGCGAACGGCGUGCAGCCCCUCAACCUCAGCCAG